AUGACAUGUGAUUCAUUGACGUUUUUUCCGAUCCCGUUUGCCUCCCACAUCGCACACCAACGCAGCAGCAGCGGCGGCAUUGGCACGACCAUGGGCCGAUCUAGUCUAUUCGCCACCGGCGCGCUUUCCCUCUUCCUGGGUGGCAGCGUGUCCGGCCAGGAGUCAUGCGUCCAGGUGGCCUACCCGACGUGGGGGACUAACUGCCCCUGCGAAGCGGGCAGCCAGUACUCCUUCACGAUGGAGGGGCAGACCACGGUUACCGCGAACACGGUCAACGUGGCCGUCAUCAUCGACGCCUCGGGUAGCGUUAGCACCGCCGACUGGGAGCUGUCGAAGGAGUUCGCGAAGAACACGGUGGCGUCCUUCGCCGAACAGAACCUCUUCACCAACGGCGGGAGCGCGUCCUUCGCCCAGUUCUCUUCUUCAGCUUCGGAGGGCGGCACAUUCUACUCCCUCGAGGACUUCAACGCGUUCGUAGACGCGGACGCCAAGUACUCGGGCGGGACCGACAUCAUCGACGGUAUCGCCAAGGGCAGGGAGCUCCUCAGUGCCUCGCCUGCCGCUACGUCGUUCAUGAUCGUCACUACCGACGGAGCUGCGCCCGACCCUCAGGAUGAAGCCGACGCGGCCCGGGCUGAGGGCACCAUCCUGUACGCCGUCGGUGUGGGUUCGGGCCCGUCCCAGGAGAACCUCCUCGCCAUCGGAGGGGACGAGGCAAACGUCUUCGACGUCGAUAACUUCGAGGAGUUGGACCUCGCCCUCGAAGACAUCGUCUCCGCCUCCGGCGGCAGCGUGCCCUGCGCCGCCACGGGCGCCACGGUGACGGUCCAGUUCAACGGCAUGGUGACCGAGGCCACCGUGGACGGCGGCGUGGCCACCUACGACGGCGGUGACGUGGUCUUCACCGUCGACGACCUCGAGGCCACCCCAACCAACUUCGAGGUCUGGCUGGACUGGUGCGGGCAGCCCGAGGGCGCCGAGGUCAUCGCGUCCGUGUCCUACGCUGACGACGAGGGAAACACGCCCGACCUUUCUGCCCUCGAGGGGUGGGCUGUCGUGCCCGUCUGCGACGGCAAGUGCUCGGUGUACGCUGCGUGCCAGUCACUGUACAUGAUGAAAGUGCCCGCUGCUCCUGUACGCGACUACCCCGAUGACGUCUUCGGUGACCUCUCCUUCGACUUCUCGUUCUCGUACUCGUACACCUACGACCCCUGGUACGACGACGACAGGAGGGACGCUCCGACUGUGCCCGGGCCUGCUCCCCACGACGGUGGCAGAGGAUCGCCCGCUCCCGGGGACGCGCCCACUCACCGUGGAGACGCGCCGGUCUACUCGGCCCCUACUGGUGGUGGACGUUCGCCGACUCCCGGAACUGCCCCUACUCACCCUGAGCCGGCACCUACCCACCGUGGAGACGCGCCGGUCUACUCGGCCCCUACUGGUGGUGGACUUUCGCCCACUCCGGGAGCCGCGCCCACUCACCCUGAGCCGGCACCUACUUACCGUGGAGACGCGCCGGUCUACUCGGCCCCUACUGGUGGUGGACGUUCGCCCACUCCGGGAACUGCCCCUACUCACCCUGAGCCGGCACCUACCCACCGUGGAGACGCGCCGGUCUACACGCCACCCUCGUACACGCCACCUUCGCCUGUCCCUGGACCGCACCGUGCCCCUAUUAGCGGGACGCCCGGCGGCGGUGGCGGUGAAGGUGGUCGCGGCGGAGGCGGCGACGACGACUACACCCCCACGGACGAGCCCACUGACGCGCCAGUGACACCCGGUGGUGGAGGUGGACGCGGUGGGGGAGGCGGCGGUCGUGGCGGGGGUGGACGCGGUGGUGGAGGCGGCGACGGCUCCUUCUCGUACGACUUCUACCCGACUGACGGGCCCACUGAGGCGCCAGCGCCAGUGAUGCCCGGCGGCGGUGGCAGUGGCGACGGUGGUAAGGUCUACUCGUAUGAAUACGGCUGGGAGGCAGACAUCAACGACCAGUUCAUGCUCAAGGGCCAGUUCAUGUGGUGCACCAACGGCGUAGCCGGAGUUGAGUCUACCAUGGGCGAGGUCUGCUGUCCGGCCAGCUGCGGGCACUGCGGGGGUGUGGGCUGCGACGAGCGCGGCGCGGCUGACGAAUGCUGCACCACUGAGAUCAUGGACUACGGGCAGCCGUGCUCAGUCACCGGGACGGCUCCUUGCUACCUCGACGGCUAAGUCUACAGCUGGCGUAGAUGCAACGCAGUAGCAGCAGCAGCAGCAGCAGCGAUGCACAUGGUUGAAGCGGAGCCUUUGAGGAUGCUGAAAGCGGACUACAUGCAUGCGUCGACCACCGGAUCAUUCGUCACCUAGCGACUGUGGUGUCUUUCCUUUAUAUGUUUUAUUCUGAAGAGUGUUUUGCUAUGCAUAUGCCCCGUCAACCGGGGAGCAUUCAAAUAUUUCAGCGCGGUCGUUCCGCUGCCCUGGAUCAUCUUUACUCCUGUUGGUAGAGUGCUGUCGACCAUCCUUAACAUGUUCGGUUUUCCCCCCACCCCCAUGUUCGCAUGGUGGUUUUUGUACGGGGAAAAGGCGCAUAUCCCAACGUGACGUGUGUGUUUUGUCAACGGUUGUACGUUCUACUGUACGUGACUGGUGUACCGCGAUUUUUGAAUCGCCUUGAGGACUCGCGGCAGCAGGAGCGUGUUUUUGCCUAGACUUGGUCGGGCGGGCAUGGUAUUUGCCUUCGUCCAAGUAUCUCGCCUUCGCGUUGUCUUGCGGAUUGCUCGUGAGCGCAGCCGUCAAGUAUCCAAAGAUGUGACGUCGCGUCUUUGCCGGAAUUAUCGAGCGUUUGUCGUGCAACUGCAGUACUUCAUAAGCGGGCAAUGAUGUCCACUGGUGGCCGAAGAGGUUUGGUCGUACCGUCGUAUGCAUACCUACUACACGGGUGGCCAACACUCCAGGUUGUAGAAGCACUAUUAUUGCCAACCUCCAUCUUCAAUUAUUUUGGCCCGAUUUGCAACCUCCCCACCUUGGGUAGUCCUUGCAAUGCAACGAUGGCCAGGUUGUGCAAGGUAUACCUUUCUUGGAGGUUGCGCGUUGUUUUCAAGCCGGAUAGGGGUCGCCGAUGGUAAUGCAAGGUGUAUUCUUCCUUGGUGGUUGGUGCGAGCUAACAACCCGGAUAGGGGUCAAGCUGUCGAUGACGGCGCCGCCGCACGCGCGUAGCGGGUAGUAUCUUAUUUCUGGUACGCAAUGUACACCUCGAAGGAACAAACAAAACUACAGAGUGGUAUCGUGAAGAAAUAGGCACCACGGGCAUGCAUGUUUUUUUGAGGUUUGAAACAACAUAGUCUAUACGUAAGGCACUGACGGUACUCCAGCAUGUCAGUCAGCACUCCAGCAUCAAUAUCAUCAGAAACACAGAAUACACAGCACACCCUUGGCGCCAAAGAUAUGCUUUACG